AAAAGACUAAACGGAAGUAAUAAUCAUUCCUUCCUGCUCUGACUACGCUCGUGAACACUGUAGCUAUUUAUUACAUUUGAUUGAUUUCAACAACUGAUUAACUGUUUUCUCCUGGCUGUGUAUUUCAGCAGACGAGUUACAGUGGUUAAGCUAUAAGAUCGUGGCGUAUUAUUGUCAUAUAUUCAUCAGCCACGUCAAUAUCCUCAGACCCCGUAAGUGAAACUAACUUCUCGGGCUAGCUUUAGCCAAGUUAGCUCGGCUGACUUGUCCAUGGCACCUCUCCGGGUCUUGUGUAUCCAUGGAUACCGUCAGAACGCCACCUCGUUCCGUGAGAAGACUGGGGCUCUGCGGAAGCUGCUGAAAAAACACGUAGAGCUGGUUUACGUGAGUGCACCCCUCAGUGUGCAGCAAGCUAACACGGAAGAAGUUGCAGAUAAACGGAAUGAUUCAGCUCCUGAGUCUGGAGGUGAUGAGGACCCCAGGGGUUGGUGGUUUUCUGACAUCAAGGCUCGGAGUUUUAACGCUCAGCAGCAGUGUGAAGAAAGCCUGGGGCUUGACGAGAGCGUGACAGCUGUGAGAGAAGCUGUGAAGGACCAGGGUCCAUUUGAUGGCAUCCUGGGCUUCAGCCAGGGGGCUGCUUUUGUCGCCAUGCUGUGCUCAAUUCAGGAGCAAAAACUGGAGCCGACGUUCGACUUUCGCUUUGCCAUCAUCGUCGCCGGUUUCCGCAGCGCAUGUACGCAACACCAGAAGUUUUACAACUCUCCCAUCCAGGUGCCCUCCCUGCAUGUGUUUGGACUGGAGGACAGAGUGAUCCCUGAUAAGAUGAGCAGGGAGCUCCUCCCCUCCUUCCAAGACCCUCAGGUCCUCAUUCAUCCUGGUGGUCAUUUUGUUCCUGCCGCAUCUGCUCACAGGCAGACGUACCAGGACUUCCUCAAGAGGUUCCAGUGAGAUUCACAGCCACAGGAAGUCUAUGUGAAGAUUAACAGAAGUCGACUCAAACUCUAAAAUGUGGCUGGUUGAUUUUUUUUUUAAUGUUCAGAAACAUCUUGUGAGAAAAUAAUUGAUUCCAGAUGCACACUGUUUAUUUAAACUACUCUGCUCUGUGUUUCGCUUUGUGAGCUAAGCAACAGCCUUAUUGUAACCCUCAGUGAAAAUUUAUUGCCUUAAUAAAGAUGAAAUUAUGUCUUUGUAUAUGUUUGAGAUGCGCUUUAAUUCACCAGUAUUGAAAAAGCUAAAUCUGAUUAGCAGCAUGGCUUUGUGCCAGUAAAGUGUUAUUAUAUUUGUCUUUUUAGCUGAAGUAUUGUAGUUUCUGGUCACUCCUUAAAGUCGGUACAAUUUUAUGUAGUUAUUCUUUAUUAAACCAGGGACAUCUGACUCUCCAAUUCCUUAUGAAAGUGUCCUAGCCAGGAUGCACAGGAGUUCAGUGAGCAAUGUUUACUUGAUAAUACACAGUAUGCAUACAGAAAUACAUAAAUGCAAACCAAAAUGAUAAACUUCAAAGCUAGAUAAACAUAAAACAAAUGUACAGUCUCAUGCAGCAACCUCCUUGUCAUUUAAAAUGACUUUGAAUUUAUUUACAAAGCACUCUAAAGAUUAUUUAGAGUGACAGAAGAAGGUGAGAUGGGGGGCGCAAAAACACAAGUAGCCGAGUCUAUCCCUGGUGUUAUUAUACUGUUGGACACUAUUCUACAAAUUCUGCUGUCAGCAGGUAUGUUCCACACUGAGGUGAUAUGAGAUGUGCUAUUAUUAUUAUAUUAAAAAGGACGUUUACCCUCUUUCAAUUCUACAGUUUUCAUAUCAAGGUGUCAUCUAAAGUUGCACAUUAUUUAUUUAAUAAGACCGGUCAAAAUGCAAAACCAGUG